ACACUUGGCAGUUGAGCGAGUGACUUUGCUUCGAGACGAGAGCGAGAAAUCCUAAAGUCGGCCGGACAGACAAAUUGGCAAAUGUGUAAUUGUGCAAUCGAACUGCAAUUGAAUCUCCCGAUCGAGUAGUUUAGACAGUGUUAGAAGGCAAAGAAUCAUAUCGAGAAUCUUCAGCGAAUCAUCGAGCGAUCUUGUGAGGAAAUAUGGCUUCGCGGUUUCGUAAAUUUGGCAUAACAACUGUUGGAUUGUGCGCUGGAAGUGCUUUGGCCGCUUGGGCGUUCAACAGUCAAAAUGACUCGCCCUACAAGGUCCAAAUGGCUGCCAAGCCUGUCAGGAAGGCUAAGAGACCACUUCCGUUGCGCGCUGAGCAGAUAGCGAAGCUGCAGAGUGGCGAAGAGUUUGAUGUCCUGAUCGUUGGCGGCGGUGCAACGGGCGCCGGAUGCGCUUUGGACGCUGUGACCAGAGGACUGAAGACGGCACUCGUGGAGGCGGACGAUUUCGCCAGCGGAACAUCCUCGCGAUCCACCAAACUGAUUCACGGCGGCGUGAGGUACUUGCAGAAGGCCAUCCUCGGGCUGGACUUCGAACAGUACAGAAUGGUGAAGGAGGCACUACACGAGCGUGCUUCAAUGCUGCAAUCUGCUCCUCACUUAACUCAUCCUCUGCCCAUUAUGCUGCCAGUCUACCAAUGGUGGCAAGUGCCAUACUAUUGGGUGGGCAUCAAAGCCUACGACUUCGUCGCUGGCGACAGGAAUGUGAAGACAUCGUACUAUUUGUCGAAGAAGGACGCACUGGAGCUCUUUCCCAUGCUGAAGGGGGAGAAAUUGUGUGGCGCCAUUGUUUACUAUGAUGGCCAGCAAGACGAUGCCCGUAUGAAUUUAGCCAUUGCUCUCACGGCGGCUAGACACGGAGCGGCCGUGAGCAAUCACGUGGAAGUGACGGAGCUGCUGAAGAAGAAGGAUGAGACGGGAAAGGAGGUUCUCUGUGGUGCAAAAGUUAAGGACUGCAUCACGAACAAGGAGUGGACAAUCAAGGCGAAGUGCAUCAUCAAUGCAACUGGGCCCUUCACAGAUCACAUCCGAAAGAUGGACGAUCCCAAAGUCAAGGGCAUCUGCUGUCCGAGCUCUGGCGUGCACAUUGUGCUGCCCGGCUACUAUAGUCCCGACCAGAUGGGCCUCCUCGAUCCAUCGACGUCCGACGGGCGUGUCAUCUUCUUCCUGCCAUGGCAGCGUCAGACAAUUGCCGGCACCACUGACUUGCCGUGCGACGUGACUCACAGCCCAAGACCCACCGAGGAUGAGAUUCAGUUCAUUCUCACGGAGAUCAAGAACUAUCUCAACAAGGACGUUGAGGUGCGCCGCGGCGACGUGCUGAGCGCCUGGAGCGGCAUUCGUCCACUUGUCUCAGACCCGAACAAGGAAGACACACAAUCACUUGCACGCAAUCACAUUGUACACGUGAGUCCAUCGAAUUUGGUCACAAUUGCAGGUGGCAAGUGGACGACUUAUCGCGCCAUGGCGAGUCACACCAUCGACGCUGCUAUUAAAGCCUGCGGCCUGAAGCCCGAGAGCGAGGAGUGCCAGACGGACGGGCUGCUGAUUGAGGGCGGUCACGGUUGGACGCCGACGAUGUACAUUCGGCUGGUGCAGGACUUUGGAUUGGACUGUGAAGUGGCCCAACAUUUGGCUAAAUCAUAUGGGGAUCGUGCAUUUGCCGUGGCAAAAUUGGCCGCAAUCACUGGUAAACGAUGGCCAAUCAUUGGCAAGAAGAUUCAUCCAGAGUUUCCCUACAUUGACGCUGAAAUUCGCUAUGGCGUGCGUGAGUACGCGUGCACAGCCGUCGAUAUGAUUGCAAGGCGUCUGCGCUUGGCCUUCCUCAAUGUCCAGGCGGCCCAAGAAGCGCUGCCGGGCAUUGUGGAGAUCAUGGCGGAGGAGUUGAAGUGGUCAAAGGAUGAAGUUGAGAGACAAUUGAAAUCAGCCAGCGAAUUCUUGUCCAAUGAGAUGGGAAUGAUGGUGAAUCGUGCGUCCAGGGACAAGAUACCCAUCAAUCUGACCAAGGAGGAGAUCCAGAUGUACAUCAAGCGAUUCCAGAUCAUCGACAAGGAGAACAAAGGUUAUGUGUCGAUUAAUGACAUAAGACGAGGUCUCAAGCACUUUGGAGAGGCUGAUAUUCCUGGAGAGGAAUUGCAUGAGAUUCUGCGUGAAAUUGACACAAAUAUGAAUGGUCAAGUGGAACUGGACGAAUAUCUGCAGAUGAUGUCAGCUAUCAAGUCUGGAAAUGUGGCGUACUCGAGAUUCGCAAGGAUGGCGGAACUUGAGGAGGAACAUCAUGAGAAGGAGAAGCUGAAGAAGAAAAUCAGCGUUGAGAGAUCCGGUGGAGGUCUUUAAAUGCGCCGUGCAAUCAACACCGAAUUUUUCUUAAAGAAGAUAAAAGGAACAAAAACACCCUUCGACGCGAUUAUAUUUUGUGACAAAUUUAUUUAUUGAUGUUUUACCAGAAAUACUAUGUUUAGUAUUUGACAAAUUAUACGUGGAUAUGUUACUUAA